AUGAAGCUCUCUUCCCACCACAUGGCUGUUCUCCUCUUCCUCCUCCAGGCUGUUCCAGAUCUUGGCCUGCUCAAAGGCACUUCACAUUGUGUUGCCUACAAUGGUUUCUGUUACACUACAUCAAAAUACCAUAUUUGUAAAGAUAAGGAUGGUCGGCACUGUGUACCUUUAGAAAUCAAAUGUCUCCAAUAAUAGCUGGGACUUUGUCCUUACAAAGAAUGGAAGUGCUGCAAAGAAGUGCAGCAAAGACCUCACUGA